AAUAGAAACAGUAGCAGUGAGAAUCAAAGGCAGAGAACCUGAACUUUUAUUAUGUCAACCUUUCCAACCAUCACAAGCAACAACCAACGAAUUUGAAUUCAAUGUUUCCAAGCACAACCAAUCGCAACAAGCAGACAUCCAACGAACGCUUUCCAACCACAGUAAGCUGCAACCAAUGAACCUGGCUCAAACGAGACCUUUCGCCUCAAAAUCUACGAAGUAG